AUGCGUGGCAUACAGAUGGAUAUUGAAAGAGCCCGGAGCGAGGAGGUUAUGGAACGGAUGAUGUAUUUAAACGGACCCGGAGAUGCAGUGCAUCGCACAUACGAGACUAUCCAGGGCCUACUAAAUGGCUCAAUUGCAGGCAAUGACGUUCUACUCAUGUAUGCGGCCCUGAAAAAGUCUACUACCAUAGCCAACUCAACCAUUGGCCAAACGGCAUUGAGUGCUCUCAGUUCUAAGGCUUUGAGUAGUGCCGCCGCAGUUACCACUGUUUCAAGCGCCUCCGAAAACCCACGCCAGACAUAA